UCAGUUCAGCAAUGUGUUGGUACUAAUCAAGAGGUCAAUUCAUUCUUAUAAAAAAAAAAGGAAAAAAGUUAAAAUUUUCCUGUAGCAAAGGCAACAUAUAAACAGAAAACAAAAAAUGUUAAAAGUCAAAAUUGGAAUGGAGGUACUAAUGGGGACGUUUUAUGAUAAGCGAACGCUUAUAAGCUGGGCAUUUUUAAAACAUUCGCGGUUACUGUUGGUAUAAUUUAUAAUAAUAUUUGUAAACAUGGGACAUUUAAAAAUAAUGUGGGGAUUUUUUUUGUUUAUACCGGACAUUUUACUUUGUAAGGGAUUUGCCGACCAUACGAAUUUUGAAGAAUUCGUGAAAAUGGUAGAAAGGAAUAUUUCAGCUUCAAAAAAGUAUGUUGGACCUACAGAUAACAGCAAACUGGUCAACGUCACAAGCUCCACUUCAUAUGAGUUUGGAACAUUCGAUUUUAUAAUAAUAGGGGCGGGAGCAGCAGGAUCUGUUUUAGCUAACAGACUGACGGAAGUCAAGCAAUGGACGGUUUUGCUUCUGGAAGCUGGUGGAAGCGACAACGAGUUUAGUGACAUUUUAGGUUUUCAGGCUUAUGUUUAUAACUCGGACAUGGACUGGGGCUACAAUAGUACUACACAAAAAACGUGUUGUUUAGGCGGCAUCAAUCAGCAAUGCAGAUAUCACAGAGGAAAAGUACGUGGAGGUUCGUCUACGAUCAACGCAGCGAUGUAUGUUCGAGGGCAUCCCGAAGACUACGGUAGAUGGGAAGAGUUAGGAAAUGCGGGAUGGUCUUACAAAGAUGUUCUUCCUUAUUUCAAAAAGUCCGAAAAAGCAGUUUUUGCCCCCAGAAUACAGAAUUCCCAUGGUGAUAACGGGUAUCUUUAUGUCGAUAUCCCGCAUUCAACGCCGGGAUUUGAUCCCCUUAUUUUUGGAGCGUUUGAAGAGCUGGGUCUACACAAAAUAAACGAUUACAAUGGUGAAUAUGUGAACGGUAUCAGUAAAACGCAAUUCGCACUCAAGAAAAAUAAAAGGUGUAGCACGUCUAGAGCAUUUCUAGAUACAAUUCGAAACAGAAAAAAUCUCGAAGUAAGUCUAAACAGCUUUGUUACGAAAAUAUCGAUCGUCAACAAAACGGCACAUGGAGUGGAGUUUGUGAAAGAUGGCAAAGUUUAUACAGCCAAAGCAAGAAAAGAAGUGAUCUCAUCAGCUGGUUCUGUAAACUCCCCACAAAUUUUAAUGCUGUCGGGGGUAGGGCCGCGGAAACAUCUGGAAGAUUUAAAAAUUCCCGUGAUCCAGGAUUUGCCAGUUGGGCAAAAUUCACAGGAUCAUCCGCUGUUUAUGAUGCUUCAUUAUAGAACCAACACUACAUUUUACAAUCUCACCCUAAAAGAAGAAUUAAAGCUCUACUUGCAAAAUCAGAGGCCUCUAAUUACCGGCCCUCAUGAGACUGUUAUUUUAAUUAAUUUUCAAAACUCUUCGCGUCGAGCCGAUGUAGAAAUGGCGCUGGGGUUCCCGGAUCCAACGGGACCGACAUUGACAUCCAUUUUUCAAUUUGACCCAAUCUACAACGAACUACUCGACAUCAGACCUCAAACUGACUUCAUCGGCAUCAUAUCCCAACUGCAUCCGAAAUCCAGAGGUUCUGUAACGUUAAAAUCCAACGAUCCGAGGGAUAUGCCAUUAGUAAACCCAAAUUUUUUCUCAGACGAAGAUGGGUACGACAUAGAGAUGAUGUACAGAGCAAUACGAAUAUCGGAAAGAUUAAGCGAAACCGAAACCUUUAAAAAUAAUGGUGCCACACUUGUAUAUCCAAAAGUGCCACCAUGUGACAAUCUACAUGAGAGGAAGUCAAGAGAAUGGUGGCAUUGCGUUUUAAGACAAUUCAACUGGUUUGGACAUCAAAUCGCAACAACCUCGAUGGGAAACGAUACAAGAACCUCUGUAGUAAAUGCUAGGCUGCUGGUCCAUGGGAUUCGAAAACUGAGGGUGGUAGAUGCUGGCGUCAUACCCGAAGAAAUUUCGGGUCACACCUAUGCGCCAACGGUUAUGGUGGCAGAAAAGGCUGCGGAUUUAAUUAAGGAAGAUUUUCAAAUCCGUUAUAAAUAGCUACAUUCCAAAACUAAUAAAUUGAUAUACAAGAAAAUUCAUCAAAUAAAUCUAAAUUCGAUCGAAGGUGCGUUUAAAACAGGAAUAAAGAAAACGCAACAAAGACCAAAAACUUUAAAGUUCCAAGGCUACUAACAAUAAAGUCGUUAAAAACAAUAUAUUAUUAAUUAAUUUAUAUAAUAUAAAACUCCGUUCUUGGGGUAAUAAUUCAGGAACACGAAAAAGCGCUUUGAGCAAAUAGCUACUUUAAAAAUGUCCUAUAAGAAGCUUAUCUCCUUACUUAUAUAUUCCUGACGCGAAGGAUUGUUGAAGGGGUACCUAAAUUAAAAUGAUGGCGGAUAUUUUUUUACUAUUUAUUUGACAACGAAAAUCUUGAACAAAAUUCAAUCGACUCUCCCUGAAUUUAAAUAAAACGGAAAAAA